CGCGUUAAGAACACACCUCCGGUUAGAAUCAACUCCAAAGCUGUUACUACUCCAAGUUCUACCCCAGCUUAAUUUAUCAACUCGUAAUUAUGGAUCGCCGAAGAAUGUUACGAAAAUUAGUAAUGAGGAUGAAUUUAUUAAAAAAAAUAGCUCUUUUAAACAAAUUAAAACUAACAAAUAGAAGAAUGCAAAUAGCUACGAAAGCAUUGGUAGAACAUUUUGAGCUAACAGCUGCAGGGAACCCACAAAUCUUAAGUUACCUUCGUCUGCUGUCAGAUGACAACACCACAGUUCCAAUGGAUAUGAUGCCAUCAACUUCAAUGGGAGGAUCAAUCCUAGAUGAAAUUCAUCGCGGAAUAGAAGAAGACGAUGGAACCAUCUGGAUUGAUGUAACCCCCAGAGAAGAAAAGGACGUAUCCAUUAUUGAUGUCGAUGCUGAUUCUAACUACAAAUCCCCCACUGAAUCUGUCAUAACUGAUGAUGACGGCGUUGAGUAUAAAAUUGACUGGCUUGACCAAUCCGCAGUUAAUGAAGACUCCGCCGUUAAAAAUGAUGUUGAUUCAAUCAAGAUCGUAGAAGAUAACUUGAAUCAAAUCUUAGGGGAGGAAGUAUCAUUUGAAAAAAUCAUCGUAAGUGAUAAUUCGAAUGUUACUGAUGUAUAUAAAAAACCUGAAUAA